ACCAAAAAAGGCACCGUUCUUUCCUACUCUCUCUCUUGGUGACUGACCAAACCCGCUUAAAAUAGUAGGAUCAAGUCGACCCGUUUCCUGCAAAAGAAGAUUUUCAGUCGGGAUUUCUGGAAGAAAGAAAAUUGGAGCAAUAAGACAGUAGUAGGACAAUGCAGUCAGAUAUAAGGAAGUGGUUCAUGAAGCAACAUGAUAAGAGCAGCGCUGGAAAUGGCAAUGCUGCUAAGCCUAAAACAGCAGAGAAGCCCGCUGUGGCUGCUUCACAUCUGGAUGAUUCGGUAAAAGAAGGGCAAGAAAGUGCCAGCAGAAGGAAAACUAGCAAAUAUUUUGCUUCAGAUAAGCAGAAGGCUAAAGAUGUGAAGGAAAUAGAGGAGUUUUCAGCAAAAAGGAAGGCCCCAACGGCUAGCAAGGAGAUACACGGUGAUGUGAAGCCGCCACCAGGGAAGAAAGUCCACAAAAAUGGGGAUGAUGAUAAUGAUGAAGACUUUGUUGAUACUACUCCAAGGAAGGUUUCUACUCCUAGCAAGAAAUUAAAAAGUGGUUCUGGAAGAGGAAUUGCAAGAAAGUCUGCAGAUGUGGAUGAAAGUGAUGAGGAUGAUGUCACAGAGACAAAAUCUCAUUCAAAGCCGGCAGGAAGAGGGCGUGGUGGAAAAAGUGGGACAACAGCUCCAGGAAGCAGAAAAGGGAUGGUUGUUGAUGAAAGUGAUGAAGAUGAGCCUGGUGAUAAGGAGAGUAAAUCUGCUAAACCUGGUGGACGAGGCCGUGGUGGAAGAGGUUCAUCAGCUACACCAAGUGGUGGACAAGGCAGAGGUGGUGGAGGUUAUGGUGGAUUUAUGAACUUUGGUGAAAGGAAAGAUCCUCCGCAUAAAGGAGAAAAGGAAAUUCCUGAAGGUGCGCCUGACUGUUUAACUGGUUUGACCUUUGUAAUCAGUGGUACACUGGAUAGUUUGGAAAGAGAAGAAGCUGAGGCCUUAAUCAAACGCUAUGGUGGUCGGAUUACUGGAUCUGUCAGCAAAAAGACGAAUUAUCUUCUGUGUGAUGAAGACAUUGAGGGACGGAAAUCUACUAAAGCAAAAGAGCUUGGGACUGCUUUUCUUACUGAGGAUGGGUUGCUUGAUAUGAUUCGCAAAUCAAAUAAGUCAAAAACAACUGAACCACAAGAAUUAAAGAAACCAGUGGCCAAGGUUCUUCCUUCUCCUUCGAAGAAAAGUACUCCAACGCCAGCAUCAAAGAAUCAUGUAGGCAGCUUGUCCACAAAAGGUGCAGCUGUCAAAGGCUCAAGUGCCAGUGUCACUUCUGCAAAGCUGAAAAGUCAAGCUACAGAAGAAGCUUGGUUGCCUUGGACUGGAAAGUACAGACCAAAGGUACCAAAUGACAUCAUUGGGAAUCAGUCAGUGGUUAAGCAACUUCAUGAGUGGCUAAGAAGUUGGAAUGAGCAGUUUCUGAAAACUAGCAGCAAAAAUGGGGGGAAGAAACAGAAUGACUCUGGUGCUAAGAAGGCUGUUCUAUUAAGUGGUACACCUGGUAUAGGAAAAACUACAACAGCAAAGUUGGUUAGUCAGAUGCUGGGUUUCAGGACAAUUGAGGUUAAUGCUAGUGACAACCGUGGAAAGGCUGAUGCCAAAAUUGGCAAAGGAAUUGGUGGGAGCACUGCUAAUUCAAUAAAAGAGGUUAUUAGUAAUGAAGGACUUGGCCUUAAUAUGGAGCGCUCUCAGCAUCCAAAAACAGUUUUAAUCAUGGAUGAGGUGGAUGGCAUGUCUGCUGGUGAUAGAGGUGGUGUGGCUGAUCUUAUUGCUAGUAUCAAGAUUUCUAGCAUUCCCAUAAUCUGUAUCUGUAAUGAUCGCUACAGCCAGAAACUAAAGAGUCUUGUGAACUACUGCUUGCUUCUUAGCUUUCGGAAGCCCACAAAGCAACAGAUGGCAAAGAGGCUAUUGCAUGUUGCAAAUGCUGAAGGUCUUCAAGUUAAUGAGAUUGCGCUUGAGGAAUUGGCAGAAAGAGUUAAUGGAGAUAUGCGCAUGGCACUUAACCAUUUGCAGUACAUGAGCCUCUCCAUGUCAGUCAUUAAGUAUGAUGACAUAAGGCAACGCCUUCAGAGCAGUUCAAAAGAUGAAGAUAUUUCGCCUUUUGUGGCUGUUGAUAAGCUGUUUGGUUUUAAUGCUGGGAAAUUGCGGAUGGAUCAACGUUUUGAUUUAAGCAUGAGUGAUCCUGAUCUUGUUCCUCUGCUUGUUCAGGAGAACUAUAUCAAUUAUAGGCCAAGUUCAGCUGGGAAAGAUGAUAAUGGUUUGAAAAGGAUGAGUCUUCUUGCCCGGGCUGCUGAGUCAAUUGCCAAUGGUGAUAUUAUGAAUGUACAGAUUCGAAGAUAUCAACAGUGGCAGCUCUCUCAAGCUAGCUCCCUUUCAUCUUGUAUAAUACCUGCUUCUUUGUUACAUGGGCAAAGAGAAACACUUGAACAGGGAGAGCGCAACUUCAAUAGGUUUGGUGGCUGGCUGGGAAAGAACUCCACUAUGGGAAAGAAUUACAGACUGUUAGAGGACAUGCAUGUCCAUCUACUUGCAUCUCGUGAAUCUUAUUUGGGCAGGUCGACAUUGCGAUUGGACUACCUUACUCUUCUUUCUAAGCAGUUGACUCAUCCAGUACGAGUGCUGCCCAAGGAUGAAGCUGUAGAGAAGGUAGUAAAUUUCAUGGAUUCAUACUCCAUCAGUCAGGAAGAUUUUGAUACUAUAUUGGAGAUAUCCAAGUUCAAGGGGCACCCAAGUCCUAUGGAUGGAGUUCAGCCUGCUGUCAAAGCUGCUCUAACAAAGGCUUACAAAAUAGGGACGGACUCACGUAAGAUUCGGACAGCGGAUCUGGUGUCUUUCCAGAGAAGAGAUGGAAGCGGCUCACGUGUGAUUAAGACUGUAGAUAUGGUUCCUGGGACAAAGAAGGCCCUUAAGAAACGGGUUGCUGCAAUGCUGGAACCAGUGGAAGAAAGUUUAGCGGAGGAGAAUGGUGAUGCAUUAGAAGAAAAUGAAGAGAAUUCUUCAGACGCAGAAGACUUGGAAGACUCAGAUAAUACAGAUAAAGGGCUGCAAGCAGAUCUCCAAAGCCUGAAGUCGAAAGGCAUUGAAGUACAACUGAACUUGAAAGGUUCUGAAAAUUCAAGUGCCAAGAAGGGAUCGUCAGCAAGAGGAAAACGCAGUUCUGAACCUGCUGAAAAGAAGGGUGGAGGACGGGGAUCCGGAUCUGCGUCCAAGAGGAAGAGAUGAAAAUGUAGUUGGUCAAGGCUUUUAUUAUCAGUUUGACUCGACGUCGGUUGUGAAUAAUGUUUGUCAUUGCCGCCCUCGUUUUGGUUCUCAGGUUUGGGGUGGUUGAAGGUUGCAGCCAUAUGUAAAGUUGAUCACUUUUUUAAGUUUUUUUUUUUUUUUGAGCAAUUGCUUUUUUAAGAUGAUCUCUUCUAGUGUAAAACUGGAUUCUUGUUACACUACAGAUAUUGGCUUUUCACUUGUAUUUGCCUCUC